UUGCUUUUGGAAUUUGAAAGCUCAAGGAGUGUAUGGCGCAGCAGAGCACGCGCGCUACCCUUGCGUAUUUGCUUCUUGCAGGGUCAUAGUUUAAAUUUGAGUAGUUUUCGAUCGUCGUGUCCGUAGUCCGGAGAAGCGCCGUGGCGUCGUCGGCGGUGGGUUUGUGAAUAUGAUUUUCCGGUGGGAGAAUGGUCUCUUAGGAUGCAGUGGUCUGCGACAUCUUUCAGUUUCCGGGUCAGCAUCGUUGCAAGAGUUGUGUUUCGUGGAGGGUUUGCGAGACAUUGGAGGUUCUAUCCAACGAUCGGCGAGGCAUCCGACAGUUAAUCUCAGACGUGGGCCGAGUACUGGAGGCAGCUCGUUUGGACGGGUUGUGCGACGUGCUGUGGAAGGAGGAAUUAUCUGCGCUGAUGAUCGUGCGCAGUCUUGACGCUCGGCUGCAGAGGACCCUUUGAUGCCCGCCGUCGUUAGACGCCUCCGAGGCAUCAUUUUCUUUCUGGAUACGUGCAAGGGUGAUUCUCUUAGUCUGGAACUUGGCGUUAGUAGGGCGAUUGUGCUUCCAAUGCACAGAGCGAAUUGUUUUAGGGUUCGACAUUCGAUUUCGUGAUUCACAGCCUUCCGGAUGUACGUCCUCAGGCUUCCUGUUCGUGGUCCUCUCUUUGGGAUGAGGCGCUUUGUUGUUGCCGACGUACGCUGUGGAGUGUGUCGGAUUGCUUGUUUUGGUUGGGUUCUUGCUUUAAAACUGGAAACGCGCGUGAGAUAACUUUUCCUGUGAUUUCUGGACCUGCACAAUGAAUCACGAGUUUUUGCAAGCGGUAGACUCCUGCAAGUUGUAAGCGGGAGCGGUGUCGUCAAUUGGAUUGGUCUGCCUGACCGAAUUUGCGCCGGGUGGAAAAUCAACACAUACGCACCACAAUUUGGUGGUUUGCGGCAAAUGCAGUAGCUGACGCAGGCGUUUGUUCUGGAUGCGUGGGCAAGUCCUGGUACGAAGCUGGCACUUUGAAGAGUUUGGAUCGUGGCAUGUGGUGCGGGAUACUAUUAGUUGGAAAGGGAGAAGUUAUUUCCGUGUGGUCAACGUGGCUGGUGAUGGUAUGCGCGUGUCGAUCAGUAUGAGCAGAGGAGCGAUCGAUUGAUCCUUGGAGGGGGGUGGAAGCGAGGAACUCACGCUCCUGUAAGUAUGCCAGAAGGACGGGGCGUGGAUAUGAACGGUGAGACAAUGAGCAUGGAGGUUAGGGAGGCGCAGUCUCCUCUGAAGUCUGAGAAUUCCCAACCCAAGAGAAGGUCUCCUUUACGGGCGUGCAAGCCGGAGAACGUAGACGUGAACGUUGUGAGUAGCAAGCAGGCUGGACAGGGGAUGGCAGGAGGGCCGAGCACAAACGGCUCGGACACCAAAUCGAGGACCGGAAGUAACGUGGAGAAGUUCGUGGAGGUGGCGGAAGCCCGUUUCAGAAAGCGCUGCGAGGUUGGUCUUGGCCUGGGCGACGGAACGACACAAGAAGCGAUGCGAUUGUUCAGAGCGAGCAAACAUCUCCUGAAGACCAACAUCGGCACCAUCGGAACCGGGACGGCGGAGGAGACAGAGCGCCUGUGGAGUGCGUGCGUGCUGUACGUCGUGAGAAGGCUGGGCACCGGGGUGUGUGCAGGGGGGGACAGAGUUGAGAAUGGAGCACCCGCGGGGUUUACAUUCUCUCAGCUGUUGCGGGAGACGAGGCUGAGCGUGGUUGAAUUUUUCAAGGAGCUCCCCCAGUUCCUCGCAAAGGCUGGCCCGACGCUGAAGUCUGUGUACGGAGAAGAUUGGGAGAAGCGGCUCCAGGUGAAGGAAGUUCAGGCCAAUUUUGUUCACCUGAUGGUCCUGUACAACUAUUACAAGAGGAUUUAUCAGCACCUUUUCGUACUCCCCGAGAAGCAGGCGAGAGGUGGGAAUGGGCUGUGUUUAGGUGGCGGUGGGGACGCAGCCACUCCGGUGCACAUGCGUUUUGGUUGGAUGCUGUUUUUAGCGCUGCGGACGCACGUGCUGAACCACUUCGCGGACUUGGUGACUUGCACCAACGGGCUGUUGGCUGUGAUUAUAGUGUUGAUCAUUCAUAUACCACUGACGUGGAGAAGAUUUUCGUUUGACGAUAAACUGAAGUUUGGUGGCGACAUCCCGCAAAUUGGCGGGAUGAAUCCAGAUGGCGUGACAUACUUUGAGGGCUUGAUGGAGGUUGAGCAAAUAUCAUCGAAUCUGGUGAUUCUGGAGGAAGAUUACGAUGGGUGGUAUCGCAGUCGGGGAGAACUGGAUGAAAGGAUGUUCAUCAAUGGUGAAGACAGCUUGAUAGGUGCUGUGUCGAGCAGCAGCACGACAAGUGUGUGUGGGGUGAAGAGGAAGCGCGACGCAGUAACUUCAGCGGGACAGGGGCGUGCAGUAUCAUCAGGGGCAUCGCCUUCGUCGCCAUGCGGUUCACCUGAGUCAUCGCCUGCUGUAAUGGGAGGCGUAGCGGGUGGUAGUACCUGUAAACCCCCUCCCACACCUGUUAGCAUUACUAUGACGACAGCUAAAUGGCUGCGCACUGUGAUAGCACCGUUGUCGGCAGAGCCAUCUCCGGAGUUGGAGCGGUACUUGCGGGUUUUUGAGCGGAACAUCGCGUCGGAGAUGAAGGUGAGGGCGAACGUAAUUCUUGGAGGCAUCUUUGAGGCCCGAAAGUGGCGAGGAGCGGGAGAGGCGGGAACUUCGGACAGCAUGUGGGGCGAUCAGCGCAGGCUGGAAGCGUUGAAGUUGUAUUACAAAGUUUUGGGGGCCAUGUGCACGGCGGAAUCCCAUCGGCUGCGCAGCGAGCAUCUUCCGUUUCUGCCGAAUGAGCGGUUUCAUCGGUGCAUGCUUGCGUGCUCGGCAGAACUGGUUUUAGCGAGUCAUAAAACCGUGACGAUGACGUUUCCUGCGGUGCUGGAGCCAGCAGGGAUAACCGCGUUCGAUUUGAGCAAAGUGAUUGAAGGGUUCGUGCGGCACGAGGAGACUCUUCCUCGGGAGCUGAAACGGCACUUGAAUUCUAUCGAGGAGAGACUUCUGGAAAGCAUGGCUUGGGAGAAGGGGUCUUCGAUGUUCAACUCUCUUGCUAUCGCGAAGGCAAAUCUUGCGCCGGAGAUCAACCGGCUGAAGUUGAUGGCGGAGCCCAUGCCAGCUUUGGAUACCUCGAAAGCGCAGCAACGUUCUCCAGUGGAUACGGCGGAUGGGCGCAUCGGAGGUUCCAAAGUGGACGACCCAGCAGGGGAAUCGAAAGGGGGAGCAGCCUCGCCACCUCGGCAAGGGUCAAUGACAGCCGUGAAAGGCAAUGCGGGUGCAACAGGUGGCAGCGCAGAGCAAGGUGAGAGCGCGAGUUUCAUGUCACCAGCGAGAGGUCCUUCUGCAUUCACGGCGUUCAGUUCUCCUCAGAAGAGCCGGGCAAUGCCGCCGCUGCUGCUAGCUUUUGCAAGCCCCCAAAGGCCGAAUCCGCAGGCUGGAGGCGAAACCUGUGCAGAGACUUGCAUCAAUGUUUUUUUUCAGAAGGUGUUGAAGCUGGCUGCUGUUCGGAUUCGGAACUUGUGUGAACGUCUGCAACAGUCGCAGCAGGUGGUAGAACGUGUGAACCGUGCGUUGCAUCAUGCUCUGAACCACGAAACAGGUCUAUUCUUCAACCGGCACAUCGACCAAAUCAUCCUGUGCUGUGUGUACGGUAUCUGCAAGGUGAGCAAAGUGAACGUGACUUUUCGAGAUAUCAUUUACCACUACAGGAAGCAGCCGCAGUGCAAGCCGUAUGUGUUCCGCAACGUGCUCCUUGACGGGUCGGUUGUGUGGAGAUCCGGGAAAGCAGGGCAGGAGACAGGGGACAUAAUAAGAUUUUACAACGAGGUGUUCGUUCCUUCAACGAAGUCGUUCUUGCUGCAGGUGGGCUCGAGUGCAGGCGUGGCAGUUCCAAGCAGCGUUGGUGUUCCUUAUGAGAGAAAUCAGGGUGAGGGUGACCCUUUAUCCUGGUAAACAAACUGCAACAAGAUCAGUCUGCAGUAGUCAAGGCACGUGCUUCACCGAGGCGUAGCGCCUUCCCACCGUUUCUGA